GCAGAUUCCCAGCUAAGACACUUUCCUAAGUAGAUUACUGUUCUCUCUGCCCCUCAGUGAUCAAUCUGCCUCGCUGGAACGACUCCUUCAUAACUACAAGAGGAGCAGGUACCUGCUGUAGACAGAGAAGCAUUAUCUUCUGUGGCGUGUCUGUGAUCCUCUGCAGCCAUGUGUGAUCAGACCUUCAUGGCGGCCACUUUUGGCCCAUGCGACAGCUGCAGCAAGGCGAGUCCUCUGAUGAACAUCUACAUCAAGAGCGAAGCCAUCAACUACUGCUCCUUCUGCGUGGAAAUGAUGGCUUGUCAGGGGCUCCAGAAAGGGGAGACCCUGGCAUCUCUGAAGAAGGAGAGCGAGAGUCUGAAGAAGAAGCUGGAGGAGGAGCGGGGCAAGCUGAACGAUGUGGAGCUGCAUCAGGUUGCUGAGAAGGUCGAGGCAGUUGCUGCUCUUUCCCUGAAAACCAGGCGUGUUCUAAAGGGUCAUGGCAAUAAGGUGCUGUGCAUGGACUGGUGCAAGGACAAACGUCGCCUGGUCAGCUCAUCACAGGAUGGAAAGGUGAUCGUAUGGGACGCCUUUACUCUUAAUAAGGAGCAUGGGGUGACCCUGCCAUGUACCUGGGUCAUGGCAUGUGCAUACGCUCCCUCAGGUUGUGCUGUUGCGUGUGGGGGCUUGGAUAACAAGUGCUCAGUGGUCCCGCUGUCGUUAGACAGAAAUGAAAAUUUGGCUGCAAAGAAGAAGCCGGUUGCCAUGCACACCAACUAUGUAUCUGGAUGCUCCUUCACCAACUCAGACAUGCAGCUGCUGACCUCCAGUGGAGAUGGCACGUGUGCCCUGUGGGACGUGGAGAGCGGGCAGCUGCUGCAGAGUUUCCACGGUCACACAGCGGAUGUUUUGUCGCUGGAUCUUGCUCCGUCUGAGACUGGAAAUACCUUUGUAUCUGGGGGCUGUGAUAUGAAGGCCAAUGUAUGGGAUAUGCGCUCAGGACAGAACAUCCAGUCUUUUGAAAGCCACGAGUCUGAUAUCAACUGUGUGAAGUACUACCCCAGUGGCGACGCUUUUGCCUCAGCUUCAGAUGACGCCACGUGCCGGUUCUAUGACCUGCGGGCUGACCGUGAAGUGGCCGUCUAUCAGAAGGACAGCAUCAUAUUUGGCGCCUCCUCUGUGGACUUUUCUCUAAGUGGUCGCCUGCUCUUCGCUGGGUACAACGACUACACCAUCAAUGUCUGGGACGUCCUGAAGGGAAAUCGUGUUUCCAUCCUCUUUGGCCAUGAAAACCGUAUCAGCAGAGUCCGAGUAUCACCCGACGGCACGGCGCUCUGCUCGGCCUCCUGGGACAACAGCCUAAGGAUUUGGGCCUAAAGACGCUCAAAUGGUUCAGUUCAAGAUGGAGAUCAGCACUCCUGCCUGAUGUCAACAGUCCUGCUUAAAUGAUUGAAUGCUAAACUUCAGCUUCCCUCAAAGAUUCAACCUCUUCUACAUGUGAACAUGUAACAAACAAAGCUUGCUUAAACCUCUUCAUUGUUAGUUUCAGUCUUAAACACACCGGGCUUCAUAAAUCUAAUCAUUGGAUCCAUUUUCCAAUCAGCUUUGAGUGGUUUUUCUACUGCUGAGAAAGAAGCAUGAUGUAGCCACCACCGUGUUUGACUGUGAGGGCAUACAGGUUGACUAGUUCUCUUUUGGCCUCAUCUAAACAGAUGUUUGCUGUGCUCUAAAUAGUUUUUAACAAACUUUUAAGUAACGUUUCAUAGCUUUUGGAUUUAUUUUUAUCACCUCUCUAUAAAGGACAGAUUUUUAUUUUUUGACUGCACCCUUAGUUGUCCUUUCAACAGAUUUGUCCAGCGAAUCAUAGAGGUGGACUCUUUCUCUACUAAUGAGGAGAUUUCUAAAUGGAACUAAUUUUCUAACAGGGGUGUAUAUUACAGAUAAUACAUAUACACACCACACAGACUUUAAACUAUCCUUUUUCUUUAACUUGAGGGUUAUGCAUUCAUUCUACAUUAAUGGCUGCCAAUGAAAAGUGACAACAAUAUGAAAAUAUUAGAAAAUCUUUUCUUUCAAAAGUCACUGUACCCCACAUCAUUCCUUUUUUUUAAGUGUUUUAUUAUCUAUAGAGAUAUUAUUUAUUACCUACUGUAAUGGCACAGUGAUGGUGAUAUCGUCCUUCUUAGAAAUCACAAUAAAUAACAAUAAAACAAAUGCUGCAAAGCAUUAAAACAGUACUAAAAUAUGUAAGAAUAAUAUGUUGUUUGUUAU